GGUUGACGUACCCAGUGGUCUGUGCGUCUCCAGGAGUAAGCUGGCCAACGCACGCUCAAUCCGCGUCUCUUCAUUGUGGGCCGGUGUCACCACUGUCACCAACACCCCACCUCCACCAUCAUCACCUUCUUCCAUCACCACCAACAACGUGCGCGAAUUGCAGCAGAGUCCUCCCACAAACAUUCUCGCACAACCAACAACAAUGAUGAGGAGGGUGGUGUUGCUGCUGGCGUUGGCGGUGGUGGUGGUGGGGAGUGCUGGGUGCUGCAUGGGCGAUGUGAGGCGCAUUCGGGUGGUGGACCAGCCCGCAGGCGGAGCACACGCGUCAUCGUCGUCCUCGGCUUCGUCGUCGUCGUCGUCCUCUUCCUCGUCCUUCUCAUCGUCGUGGCCAGAGCUGCAUGGCCGCGUGCCGAAAGCCGCGUUUGCUGGUCCCCAAGCGUUUGCGCCGCUCGUGUCCCAGUGCUUCUCCUACUCAAAGUCAACGUACUUGUACCGCGUGUGCUUGUUCGACAAUGUCACGCAGCAUGACAUUACCAGCACGUGGCAAGGCUAUCACGGCGUCUUGGGCACGUACGCUGAGUGGACCUCAUCCCGGGACGCCCUCACAGGGCUGUACUUCAGCAAUGGCGACACCUGCCACAACGUCGACCGUCACGCAAACGUGACGUUUGAGUGCGGACAGAAGAACCGGGUCGUUGACGUACAAGAGCCGUCCAUGUGCCAAUAUGUGCUUCGCUUCGAGACCCCGCUUGCAUGCAACGACACCCUGGCCUUGGAGCGAGCGCUGUCAGGGAUGCGAGCGGCGCGACUGGCCACCCUCCGCGAUGAGCUUGCACACGAAGAGAUUACAGAAGCCGGGUUUGACCGGCGCCUCCACCAGCUGCUGGCGAUGGACGGGCUCGUGCCCAGGCCGUCACGCAGCACAGUCACCCCCGCGUCCACCGCCACUGCCGCUGCAAACCGUGAAGGCGACACAGGCACGACGAUGUCAGACGAUAUCGACAGCCACGGCGGCGAGGAUGCUGUGCGCGUGGAAUCACCGCUGCUGGGUGCGGGCGAUGACAUUGAGUGGGAUGAUGAGGACCGCACCGUGGGUGACACGCGUGUGCAAACUGCUGCAUGCUUGCAGGACCGUGACGUGCUUACAGCUGUGCGUGAGGCUGCGGCCACUGCGCUGGCGCAGCACGCUGCCGUGCACGAUGUUGACGGCGUUGUUGACGCCAUUGUCGAGCAGCUGCAGCUGCGAGUAGGGUCGAGCAGCGCCAGGGUGGAUGGUGGUGCUGGAGAAGAGGCGGCUGUUGGUGUCGAUGACGGUGAACAAGACACUGACAGCAAGGCUGACACCAACGCUGGCGGGGGUGGCUGGUGGUGGAAUGCAUAGCAGCAACAGCUUGCUCGGUGGCGGUGAUGUGAUCGGUUACGCGCGCGCAUGUGUGUGUGUGUGUUUGUAUUUCAACACCACAUGCUCGCAUGACUCUUUCAUCACGUUCCUCUCCUGUACAUACGUGUGGCAAUUGUCUUGUAUGUGCGUGCACAUGCACGCAUGCUCUCAAUGUGUGUGUGUGUGUGUAAUCAGGUCACCUGUGUUGACAGUUGUGCCAAGGGUCUCAUGUCACAUCACUCCUUAAAAUGUGUAAUCUCAG